GUCUGGCGCCCAGUCUGCACCUCAUCAGCUGAGGAUUUGCAGAAGGGUGGGCGUUCACUGUCCAGAGCUUCGUAGCCUUAGUAAAGAACAUUUGGGGAGCGCAUUGAUUGUCCGUUAUUUCAGCUUUUGCAGCUGCUAAGCUCCUGUGAAGCUGCGUAAGCGAGCGCGGGGACUGUAGACUGCCUGCACCAAAGGGUGGAGAUUUUGAAGGAAACAGAUAGUGCUAUUGCUGGAAGAAAACUGGCAGGGGCGUCGCCGCGCAAGAGUGUAAUUGAGGCGUAGAAUGUGUAAAACCUGCCCAAGGGCCAAGUGACGCCUGGCAAACAAUCUUUGCUCCUGAGGUGCUUCAGAAAGAGUCAUGGCAUCUUCUCUCCUGCAAGGCUCUGCUGGUGCAGCUAGAUUGACACCGGCGCUUGGAUCGUCUCAGCGGGCACAGAGGACAGAGGACUGUGGGGUGUGCCAGUGCACUUAUGGGCCCCGCAAGGGACCUCAGCAGGCGGUGGACAGGUUCGCUCUGCAGAGCAAUGCCAGCAACUUCAUGGGCGCGAAUGUCACUGCAAAGCAGCAGGAGAAGGUGACCAGGACAAGGGGUUCCAAGGCUCAAACCCGAGCGACUGUGGUUCCUGUCGUAGAAGGUAUUGGGCCCGAGAAGCCUCCGACCCCGAUCCUCGACACCGUCAACUAUCCAAUCCACCUCAAGAACCUCACCGCUAAGCAACUGAAGCAGCUGGCAUCGGAGCUGCGCGCAGAGGUUAUUCACACAGUGUCCAAGACUGGCGGCCACCUGGGGAGCAGCCUGGGUGUUGUCGAGCUGACAGUUGCACUGCACCACGUGUUUGACUGCCCUGACGACAAGAUUCUGUGGGACGUCGGACAUCAGGCAUACCCCCACAAGAUCCUGACAGGGCGGCGAUCCCGGAUGCACACCAUCCGACAAACAGAUGGCCUUUCUGGGUUUACCAAGCGGGCGGAGAGCGAGUAUGAUUGCUUCGGGGCAGGACACUCGUCCACUACUAUUUCGGCGGGACUGGGCAUGGCGGUCGGACGGGACCUGAAGAAGAGAGACAAUCACGUCAUUGCUGUUAUCGGAGAUGGAGCAAUGACGGCGGGUCAAGCAUACGAGGCCAUGAACAACGCUGGGUACCUUGACACCAACAUGAUCGUCAUCCUGAACGACAACAAGCAGGUGUCCCUCCCCACCGCCAACCUGGACGGCCCCACACGCCCCGUGGGCGCGCUCUCGAGCGCGCUCGCGCGCCUUAACGCGAACCGCCCCCUCCGCGAGCUGCGCGAGGUCGCGAAGUCCAUGACCAAGAGCAUCGGUGGGCCCGUGCACGAAGUCGCGGCGAAGGUCGACGAGUACGCGCGCGGGAUGAUCAGUGGAAGCGGAAGUACCUUCUUCGAGGAGCUGGGGUUGUAUUACAUUGGGCCGGUGGAUGGGCACAGUAUCGAGGAUCUGGUGACGAUCCUGAGGGAGGUGAAGAGCACGAACUCGGCGGGUCCGGUGCUGAUCCACGCCGUUACGGAGAAGGGCAAAGGCUACGACUUUGCUGAGAAGGCGGCCGACAAGUACCACGGGGUGGUGCCGUUCGACGUUGUCUCCGGCAAGCAGAACAAGAAGAAGGGCAAGACGUCCUCCUACACGCAGUACUUCGCUGAUGCCCUGGUUGCCGAAGCGGAAGCAGACCCUGCCGUUGUGGCGAUCCACGCUGCGAUGGGAGGCGGUACCGGGUUGAACUACUUCCAGAAGCGCUUCCCCAAGCGUUGCUUUGACGUCGGGAUCGCGGAGCAGCACGCGGUCACAUUUGCCGCGGGGCUGGCUACCGAGGGCCUUAAGCCCUUCUGCGCCAUCUACUCGACGUUCCUGCAAAGGGGGUAUGAUCAGGUCUGCCACGACGUCUCGCUCCAGAAGUUGCCAGUCCGCUUUGCAAUGGACAGGGCAGGCCUCGUGGGGGCCGAUGGCCCGACGCACGCGGGCGCCUUUGACGUUACGUACAUGGCGACGCUGCCCCACAUGAUCGUCAUGGCCCCCUCUGAUGAAGCCGAACUUUUCCACAUGGUGGCCACUGCCGCCGCAAUUGACGACCAGCCCAGUUGCUUCCGGUACCCCCGUGGGAACGGCAUCGGCGUACCCCUCCCCGCCAACAACAAGGGCAUGGUACUACCCAUUGGGAAGGGGCGCAUCCUGCGCGAGGGGACCGAUGUUGCGUUCUUGGCGUACGGAACCAUCGCCCAAAACUGCCUGGCGGCCUCUGACCUGCUGUCCGAUAGUGGGGUAUCUGCGACCGUGGCAGACGCAAGGUUCUGCAAGCCGCUCGACCAAGAGCUGAUCCGGCGGCUGGCGCGCGAGCACCGUGUACUGAUCACCGUUGAGGAGGGCUCCAUCGGCGGCUUUGGGAGCCACGUCACCUUCUUCAUGCAAAUGGACGGACUGCUCGACUCGGGCAAACUGAAGAUUCGUCAAAUGAUUCUGCCCGACAUUUACAUCGACCACGGAUCCCCGGCCGCCCAGUUGGAACAAGCGGGACUGACGGCCGGCCAGAUUGCGGGGACCGCGUUGAGGUUGUUGGGCAAUGACCGGGAAGCUCUCGCUCUAGCCGGCAGGCAGAUGUCGAAGUAGGGCAGUUGUUCCGGCGGAAAGCUUCCCGUUUCAAGUUGCUGGAAGCGAAGUCUAAUGCUUUUGUGUUGGAAGUAGCAUAGAUACAUUAAGUGGCAGAAAGAGAGAGAAUUUGCAUGGGGAGCUCGUCUCCUGUUCGCCCAAAGCGGGGGGCUUUGACGGAGAUGAGGGACCGGAAUCUUGCGUUAAGGGCGCCGAGAGCCCUAUUAGAUCAGGUCGGAUUCUACCAGCAUGUGACAUCUAGAGCUGAACCAGGGUCAUACGUUAGAUACCACACAGCAGUCUUUAAAGAGGGCGUCGGAGGACCGGUCCUACCUCAAGCGACCAAAUAAUUGCCUCGCAACAUAGCCAUUUGGGUCGCCGAAGGCACUUUUUGAGAUGGAAUCUGAGCCAUCCGAUGAAAUUUCCCCUCGGACUCAGAUGCACGAGUGUACCUUGAAGUCUGACGCCCUCUUUGAAGGAGUCCUACUUUUCGACCCUCGGCCACGCGUUCGUGUAUGUCACCAGAGGUAGUUCUUUAAAUAAGUGCACCGUACAAGGCUCAUGUCUCGUCUGGACGCUCGUGAGGUCGGAUUUUAUAUUGGUGCGCAAUCUUCAGAUUUUACGUGCA